UCUAUUUGCUUCCCAUCUCUCUAUCUCGUCAACGCUCAGCUCAUCGUCGAACUGCCCGUUACCUCUCUGCUGCCUAUCCAGAACGAGUCAACCGGUUCGGACGGCAUCUGCUGGACCUCCACUGAUCCGGGUCUGGCACAGGUCGAAGGAAAUCUGAACAGAAUUCGGAAACUGGACGCUGCAUAA